AUGCCUUCAGAAAAGGCAGUAUGGAUGCCUCCAUCUAUGAAGCGCUCAAACUCUUUAUGGCUGUCUGAGCCCAAAAGUGCCAACGGAUCCAACGGAGUAACGAGUUCUCCCACAAAUAGUAACGAUAUAAUUACCUUGAAAGUGGUAGGGGAUAGCCCUGUUCCUAGAAGUGAGCAGAGAACACUGCAAAGAUCGUUUAACGAUAAUUUAAAUAGAGUGUGGGUUCCACUUCAAACAGUACUUGCACCGCUAUCGACCGUAAAAUGGCAUUCGGACAGUAAGGAUACCCAAAAUGGGAAUCCAAAGAGAUCAAUUCUGCUAACUGCGAAGCAAACCAAAAGUGCUACUGAUAAAACUAGGAAACGAAGAAAGAAGGUAUUGACACCAGUGGCGGCUGAUUUUAAUGUUAGUGGCUUGAUAGUAGAUUCUCCCGAGCCACAAGUUAAUGGUAUUACCAUCGAUACCAACGUGAAACUGGUAGAAUCAUGUAAUAGUUCAGGCAAUAGCAGCCUCAUUCAGGAGACGGACUUGUUUUCAGAAACAGAACAUCCUAAUACUCAAUCAAAAGAAUCAUCAGCCGUUCCUGUUGACUUUGAAGAGUCAGUUAUCCCUCUAGAUUCAACUGAAGAUAGUGAUAUCCAAGAAGUAAGCCACAUUAGUAUUAACACCACCACCGCUUUUAGAGCAGCAGCUAGUCCUUCACGAGAUAGAUUUUCCAUUGAGACAUUUGUUAAAGACCCUGCCAGAGAGGCAAAAAUUAACAGGUUUGUCAGACGAAGAGGAUUGGUAGAAUAUUUCCGUACCCGGCUGCAAAAGAAAAUAACCAAGAACCAUUUGGCUGAACUCAUACUAUAUUUGGGAUACCCGGAGUUGUUAGUAAAUUAUGAACAUAAAAGUGUCAAAGAGCUUUUAAAAUUGCUCUAUCAAGAAGUUAGUGUUUCCAGUAUCCAUAGAAUUGACCCGAGAAACGAAACAAUUUCCGACUUGAAAUAUUGUUUACUACAUUCCAAACGUAUCUUGGUGAUAACUGGUGCAGGGAUUUCCACCAGUUUAAAUAUUCCGGAUUUCAGAUCUCCCAAUGGUCUAUAUCCAAUACUAGCUCAGGAACUAGCGAACCCAGCUGAUGUUUUCACAUUGAAGCACUUUAAACUGAAUCCAGAGUUAUUCUAUUCAGUUGCCUAUAGAACACUACCACCAGAGAAUGCCAAUGUAUCAGUAACACAUUCCUUCAUCAAACUACUACAAGAUAAGGGUAUUCUUUUGAGAGAUUACACUCAGAAUAUUGAUAAUUUAGAGGUCAAAGCCGGUUUACAUCGUGAUAAACUUGUUCAGUGCCAUGGCUCUUAUGAUGGAGCCCACUGUAUCAAGUGUAACCAUAAAUACCCUGGGAACUAUGUCUUCCCCUACAUGAGGAGGAAACAAGUUCCUCUUUGCAAGUAUUGUCAACCUGAGUCUGAACAAAUUCACGAUAACGUGAUCAAACCAGAUAUAACUUUUUUUGGAGAAGCACUUCCUCGUGCUUAUACUUCUCAAUUUGGAUCUGAUUUUAGCUCGUGUGACAUGCUCAUUGUCAUUGGAACUUCAUUACAGGUGGCACCAAUAUCUAAGGCCAUACACAAAAUAGCUGCAAGAGUUCCCAAAGUAUUGAUCAACAGAGAGCUUGUGCCAUAUGAUAAUUUCAAUUAUCAUUUACUUGGUGAUUCUGAUAUUAUUGUAAAUUUUAUUGCUAACCUAAUGGAUUGGAAAAUUGAUAAUGAAUCAGCAUCACCGAAAUCAUGUAAUAUAAUGAAGGAUAAUUCGGUAAAGAAUGUAUAUAGAUUUGGGAGUUAA